AUGGUUUAAUAACUAGAUCAAUUUUCAACUUAUUGUAGAAAUCUUGGUCUUUUGGUACUUUAAGAAUCCUUCAAAUAGCACAAAAGUACAUUAGAUGAAACAUUGUUAAUUCAUUUACUUAAUUUAAAUAGAGAAUAACUUAUUGAAUUAACUUCUCGAUUGUAAGGAUAUGGAAAAAUAAUUAAAGAAAUCAAAUAUAAGAAUCUCCAUAAGAAAGCUAAUCAAAUAAAAUGUCAGUUAGUGAAAUACAUACAAAAUCUAGUUCUUAAUUAAAUCAUCUCUAUGAAUAACAUAUAUUAAAUGAAGAGAAUUAAAUAGUUAAAAGAGAUGAGUAAAUCAACCAUCUUAUGAAGGAAUGCACAUUUAAACCUUAAAUUACAAAAAAGAGCAAAAAUUAGAAUUGAAUUCUCCAGCUCAUAUUAGAUUGAAUAAUUAUGCAAUAGAUUCAAAAAUCAAAUUACAAAUCGUUUAAGAACUGAAUUAGAAAUAAGAAUUAAAAGAUUGUACAUUCAAACCUUCAAUAAAUACUAAAUCUAUUGGUAGAAAUCAAUCUGCAGAAAAUCCAUUUGAUAGACUAUAUUAAAAUGCUUUAACUUAAAGAAAUAACACACCUAAAAACAACGAAGAUUCUUAAUUUACUUAUCGUCCCUAAUUAAUCAGUUCUCCAAUGAAAUUAUAGUAAUUUGAAGGUAUAUCAGUAGAGGAUAGGCUUUAUAAUCAUCAUUUCGAAAAAAUAAAUAAUGUUGCUUUAAAAUAAGAAGAACUUUAAUAAAUGGAAUUAGAAUAAUGUACUUUCACCCCAGCAAUUAAUCAUUAAGGAAAUGUUAAAUAAAAUGAAAAAGUCUUUGAAAGAUUGUACAAUCACAGUAGUGUAAAAUCAAUUUCAGAUGUGAAAGAUCAUUCAAUAUCACAUAUGAAUAAAAAUCAGAGUCUUUAAUAAAAAAACCGUAAUCGGAUAAGAAUUAAUACGUAUCUUAAUUUUAAUUGGAAUCCAAUCCAUUUAUAGAUUAUAUUAAGAACAUGA